UCCGAUCCGUGACACAUUGGUUGUUGAAGUGUAGCUCUAUGUUUCUGCUGAUUGUGUGUUUCUGCUGCGAUCCACUGCAUGCAUGCUCCCUCCCCACCUUUGGUAGUUGCAAUAAAAGCCCAGCUGGCACAAGGACGCUUCACUGCAGAGGAGCUCAAGUGUCCUGAGAAGUAGACUCAACGCCUGACUUGUCCUUUUGAGCCACGCUGCAUGGUUAGUGCAUUGAAAUCAUGACCACUAAUUUGAUCAAGAAUCCCAGAGGUGAAGUGUUUCCCUCCCAGAGCAACUGGAUUUCUGGGAGCUGACAGAGAACGGCGGUAGCGAGUGGAUGGUGGAGGACAUGCCGGGAGACUGCGGCCAUGACUUCAGUGAUACUGCUGUCACAAAAUACUUUGCAACCUCCUUUGAGCUGUGUCUGAAGAGACAAGUCAUUGACUUAUUGGAGCAGGGUUUCACUUGCGAGCAGCUGGACGCCCAACCUGUCGUAUCAGUUGAAGACUGGUACUGUGGGAGGCAGGACUGUGGCUGCACCUACCAGAUAACGGUGUGUCUGCUGGAUGAGAAUCAUGUGGUCAUGCAGGAGUUCACGCCCGAACCUGUGACUCUGGACCCGGAGUGUGACGACUGCUCAUGGAAGGAGGUCAGCCACACCUUUUCCGAGUAUGGUCCCGGUCUACGUUUCAUCUCCUUUGAACAUGGAGGCCAUGACACAAAGUACUGGGAAGGCUGGUAUGGAGUGAGGGUUACUGGGAGCUCUGUUACUCUUCAGGUGUAGGCAAGGGGGGGGGAAUGUAUUCGUCCGUGCAAUGCUUUCAAGAUGACCAUGGUAGCCUUAUGCAACAGUACGGAACAUCAUGCAUGUUGCACGCUAGGUGACGGGAAAACUUUCCCGUUUUUGAAGUGGUAGAGAUACAGUGCUUGUAUGUUAGUGGAAACUUUAUGAUGCAUUCCUGGAGAAAAUGUGCUGAUGUUUUUUUUUUUCCCCCCGUACUCACUGCCUUAUGUAAUGUACAAGAGGGGUCAUCAAGAUGCUGCAGGUAGCCCCCAAGGACCACAUGAGAACCGAGACUGUGCUCUUGGUUUUGAAAACAUUGGUGGCCUUUGCGGGUAUUUACACUGAUCUAAUAAGAUCAAGUGCAGAAUAUUGUGUGGACUCACUUGAGAACAUAUUCGUUCAAUUAAAACUGCAGAAAGCAAACUUGG